AUCGGAGCGUACGCACGCGCGCGCACACACACACACACACACACACACACACACACACACACACACACACACGCGAAUUUAAUUGCAAAAAUCUGUUAUAUUUUUAUAAUAUUAUACAAUUGUAUUACUCUGACGAAUUGCAAUGAAUAAGGCGUAUCAACCAAUGAUUAGAACAUUCAUGUUUAAAUAUGAAUUCAAAUAAACGAAAACAUCUUGUGUGCCAAAACUGCGUGAAACUGACCACCGUGGUUAAAGUUUUCACUUGUAGCUGUGGGAAACAGUGGGAAAAGGUCACAUGUAAAAUUGGAUAUCUAUGCCAUGAAGGUGACAGGCUUACACGUCACUAACUUUAGAAACAUUUCUGGCAGUUUCCAUUUCCUUCCUUCCUCUAAACUUUUGUCUCCAGGGUUUCUCCUUUCAUGGUUUACUCAGUAUAACUAAAUUGAUUUUGCCCUCCACGAAUCCUCCUGGGAUGUUCACUGCGAUCAUGGCAAUGAAAACGAAUCUUUUUCUUGGUUUGAUAACCAUAAUUAUUAUAACUGUGUUCAUGCUAACCGUAGGAGGGGAAAGCAUUGACUCGACUACAUGCGUGUGCAAUAGGAACAUUUGCAACGCUGUAACCCUGGGUGCUGUCGAUUUCCAGACAUCGGGGGAAAAAUGCCAAAAGAUGGAAGGAGAGUUAUUGACAGUUCGAUCUGCAGCAUCAGACGAAAUUAUUGGAGAUUUGCUUGUAGGCUUAACGGGAGACUUCUGGAUCGGUUUGCGCCUACCAGCUGACCGAUGUAGCAACAUCGAAUCGAAAUUGAGAGGAUAUCAGUGGGCAACUGGAUUUCAAAUCACAGAAUUCAGCAACUGGAAAGACAACGUAAAUGUCUGCGCUCCACGGUGUGUGUCCGUUUCUACCGAUCGAAAGUGGACAGAACGACCUUGUCAGGAAAAAGUCGAUGGAUUUUUGUGUCAGAAUGUUCAUGAAAGCAUGUGCCAAACACCGCAAAUGGAGGCUCAAGAGGUUUUGAAGGAUGGUGAAGGAUGCGCUAUGGCUCCUUGCGAACAUAUAUGCACAGAGGUACCAGGGGGCUACACAUGCUCGUGUAAAGAAGGAUAUAUUCCAAGUAGCGAAAAUCCGCACUUUUGUAAAAUGCACUGUUUUUUGGCCAAAUGUCCAGUAAUAUGCGACAGGCACAGCGCUGGGACACAAUGUGAUUGUCCUAGUGGCUUCAUAAAGAGUGACGAUUAUUGCCAAGAUAUUGACGAAUGCGACAAUGGAUAUUGUGAUCAAAGUUGUGUUAACACGGUUGGAAGUUUUGUUUGUUCGUGCAGUGCAGGAUUUUCCCUUCAAAAUCUCGUUAAAUGUGUCAAAACAGUCGGAAAUGAAAGUGUUCCCUUAACAACGCCUGUCCACAGCGACUUUUUAGCGCCAGGUGUUAACUUUACAAGUAAUGUAUCAUCAGCAACAGCGGGGGGGUUUCUUUGGGUAUGGAUUUUCAUUGCAGUGGCGGUCAUAGUACUGAUACUUGUUGUUCGGUAUUGUGUUAUUAAGCGUCAUGAGCAGAAUGUCGAUAGCCAACAGAGAUGUAAUGACGAGGCGUUAUAGAAACCAAUGACUGCCACAUUAAGGAAUGAGGAAAAGCUACUCAAGUUGGGGAGGGGAUUCAAUGCUACUGUUGUGACUGUUGUUCAAUAUUACUUCUAGAUCCAUGUUGUCAUAAAUGUUAUGAAACCUAAAUAAAGAUGUCUAAAAAGAAACAACGAAUGACUUAUGUAACGGAUGUGAAACGGAUAGCUUAGUUAGCGGUGGUGCGCGCUAAAUAGCGUUUCAAUCUGUUCCGUCUCUUGCUCUGAGACCUUGAAGUAGUAGUUCCCCUUGCUCUGCAAGGGCCGCGGCUUUUGUGGAGCGAUGGGUAACGAUGCUUCGAGGGUGACUGUUGUCGAUGUGUGCAGAGGGUCCCUGGUUCGCGCCUGGGUAUGGGCGAGGGGACGGACGUAAAGUUAUU